AUGAUUCAAAUGUAUAUUAAAAUAUUGAUAUAUGUUAUCUUAAUAUAUGCUUUCCUAAAUUACAAGAAGAACAGAAAUUAUGUCACAAUAUUGUUAACACAUGAUAGAAUCUUGACUGAGUUCGAUAAUGGAAACUCACUAUAUACUUCAAACUGUUAUACUAAAAGAAAAAAUUAUAAGAGAAAUAAACUAACUAAUGUGAAGGAUAAAAAUGAUGUGAAAAGUAACCCAACAACAUUAAGCAAUAAUAAUGAUAAAUACAUAAGAGAAAAUAUAACAAAAAAUUGGGUAAUAAAAAAUACCCACAAACAACCAAAUUUAGUAAUCCCUAAUAGAAAUAUUUUUUUGAGAAGAGCUCUAUGUGAAUACCAACAUAAACAAAUUGUAGUAAAUAAGUAUAAAGUUAAUGAAAUCGAAAAAAGCAUUAAAUCGAAUGCUUCUUUAUUAAAAGAUUCUCCCCCAAUUGCACUAAGUAACACAUGUCUAGUGAAUAAAAAUUUUAAACCAUUACAUAAUGAUUAUAUUCCAAUUGAAUCAAAUCCAGAUUAUUUAUUAAAUCCAUCAAAUAAAUAUGCGAUAAAAUAUGAGAAUAAAUCUAAUAAGUGUAGAGAAUUAGAAAAAUUAUCUACCAUAAAAACUCCAUUGAGUAACACACAACGUAAUAAAAACGAUCAAAACGAUAUUAAAUUAUCGACAGAUUGUGCAUUAUCUGAAAAUCCUUGGGCUUAUAGAAAUUAUGGAUUUUCCCAAGAUAAGCUUUUAAGAGAAAAGCUUAAAUUAUGUCAACAUAAUAUAAAUAAUGAAGCAGAGUUGAAGAAAACAAAAGUAGGUAACAAAAAAGUUAUACUAAAAAAAAAUCGACUGAUAGAACAAAAACAACCACAAACAAUUGCAGUGAAAAAAAGAAGAGUAAAUGAUAAUAAAUAUACUAUAAUAAAAGAUAAUCUAGAGAAAAAAAAAGAAUUGUCUUCAAAUCAUGAUUUGUUAAAAAAGCAAAAUAAUAUACAAGUACAAAAUACACUAAAUCACGUACUCAGCCCUUUAAAAAAGGAUAUAACAAAGGAAAGUGGAUUACAGGAAUAUAAGCAUUCUAUAAAUACAGAUAGCAAACAAAAUGAAAUAAAGGAAAUAAAUAAAAUAGGAGACUCAUAUGACAAUACAAAAAAUAAGUCAUCAAAUAAAAAAGAAAUAGUUAUCGAAAUAUGUAUGGAAAAUCAAGAGAAAAUGCAAAAAUCAAAUAAAAGAGAACAAGUAAUCGAAAUAUACAUGAAUAAUACAAAAAAAAUAGGGUUAAAGGGAAAAAAUGAUCCAUUAAAAAUAAACGAUCCAAAUAAAAAAUAUGAUGUAUCAAAUAAGGAUAGUUCCGAAAACCUAAAUGAAUUAAAAUGUGAAGCGAAUAUAUCAAAUAAUAUAGAUAAUAACAAUGAUAAAUUUCUAGAACAUGAAAAAAAUAGUCCAGUCCAAUUAGAUAUUAACAAUAAAAAGGAAAUAAUUAGGCCAAAAGAUGAAGAUGUAAAGGUUUUAGACAUAUUACCCAUAAAUAAAACAGAGGAAAAAAGUAAUAAUAAUCCAAAUUUAGACGAAAAUGAUUUUAUAGAUUCAUUUGAUAACGAUGAUAUACAAGAUGUAGUGGGUGAAGUGCUAAGUAAUGACAAAAUAAAUGAACUUUCUAUAGACGAAAUAUAUUUAGAAACUGAACGACUUUUAUUUGAUAAAAUAAUUGGACCAAAGCCAGUUAAAGGGAAAUAUUAUAAAGUAAAAAAAUAUUUAAAAAUAUUUGCUUUAUAUAUAUUACCAAUAAUACUAUCAACAAUUUCAAUUUCAUUAGUCGGAGUAAACAUAUCUGGACUUAUGGGGGUUCGUUAUAUGGAUGCAGCUCUUUAUACAAUUGGGGAAACAACAUUAUUUAGAACAUCGGAUUGCUUAGUAAAUACUGCGUCUAAUGUUAUGAGCGAAAUUGCUACUGUAUUACCGACUAUAAAUAUUGAUGAUUUAGGUUUUACUGGAUUAUUCAGCUCUUUUGUAAAUGGUGCUGCAGCAUAUGCCCCAAAAGCUAUCAAAAAUACUUUCGGAUGUGUAACUAAUAACGCAAUAUUGUUUGGCAUUGAUCAUGCUACAGUAUCUGUUAUUGGGCUUAUGAAUUUGCAUAUAUUCUAUCCAAUAUCAAUUACAAUAAACGUUUUAAUUAUUAUAUAUGUACUCAUAGAGAUAAUAAUGCGUUUAAAUGAUAUGGGUAAAUUUGAUAAAUUCCAUAAAUUUCGAAAGAAGUAUAUGAAUAAAUUAAAAAAAUUUAAUGCAGAAUUAAGGAAGAAAUUUACCGAUAAAAAUUAA